UGAGAGAGAUAAAAGGAGAGAAAGGUAGAGAUACUUUAUCAUCAUUUCUGCUGCAACCAUCACCACCAUCACUACCACUACACCCCUUCAGUCUCUAUCUCGACACUCCCUGCCUUAAGACACGCUGUUGCUGGAAGCUGUGUUCAUCUGAAACUUGUAGACGAGAGGCAAGAGAAAGCCAUGCCACGCCGCCUGAGUCCCUCCAAGCUGGAAGAGGCAAAAGAGUGUUAUGCCAUCUAUGGGAACAAGGGCGGUAUUCCCACCUCUGAAUUGGGCAACGCUCUCCGCGCCCUCGGCAUCAACACCACCAAAUCUGAGCUGAGGACCAUUGUGGCAGACAUCGGCUCUCCAUCCUCCGUUAACUUUGACUUGUUCCAUACUGUGUUAUGCAAGGAUCUGCCACCAAAGGAAUCGCCUGAGGAAGUGAGGGAAGCGCUCAGUAUAUUUGACAACAAUGGUGACGGGCGCAUCUCCACGGCCGAGCUGAAACAUAUGAUGAUGACAAUGGGGGAGAAACUUUCCAAGGAGGAGGUAGAUAUGCUGAUCCGGGAAGCAAAUAUAGAUGAAGAUGGGCUUAUUUCUUGCGAGCAGUUUGUUCAACUCAUGUGUCAGAAAUAGAUGGAUGGGAGGAUGGAGAUAAUGUCUUUUUUGUUGUUGUUGUUGUUGAUGCUGGUGAGUUUAAAUAUUUAGUGCUCUCUCUCUCUCUCUCUCUCACUCUCUCUCUCUCUCUCUCUCUCUCUCUCUCUCUCUCUCUCUCUCUCUCUCUCUCUCUCUCUCUCUCUCUCUCUCUGUUCUUUUUUGAGGAGUGAAAAAUACGUAAUUUAGUUCUUCUUCUUGGUAAUCCUAAUAUAAUUUUCUUCUUUGUAUACCUGCAACAGAGUCCUCCUCGUCUUCCUCUUCUUCUCGUAACCUUUGUUGCUUUUUUAACUUUAUUUGAACUCAAACAAACCAGGGAUGAAUUUAGUCAUAUAUUAUAAUGUGCAUUUAAUUCCUAAUAGGUAGUGUGGGUUUCGAAUACAAUAAUAUACAUAGUUGUACACUAUAUAUACUGAAUUAUAAUAUAUUGGUUGUAUAAUUUUA